UGCCGUAACAAUGUCGGUGACAAAGUCAACGGUCUUCCCAGGCCCAGAGAGAUUUUUCGUUUGUGGCUGCUUCUUCACCCACAAUAUAUUUCUCAAGAAAUUCAAACAACAUGUCACGUAUUUUGAGGAUGACAAGCUUUUCAAGAGUUCAUGGAAAGAGAUUCUAAUGAAGAAGGGUUGUCAGAAUGAAGAGGAAUUAGACGCAGCAUUGGUUCAGGUCAAAGCAGAAGUAGAGAGAAGAAAGCUUCGUGGUUCCCAGCUUUUGGAAAGAAAAGAGAAAAUUUCAGCUGGUUACAAGCCUCUCUAUCCCCAUCUAUACACAUUACAGGAGUCUUAUUUUGCACCAGAGUUUUUAAAAAUUGUUGAAUACUGCCAAAGCAUGAGUGCCAGUUCAGAGGGAUUAGUUGAAAAAUUAACAAAAGAAAAGGCAAAUCGGGUGUUUUCUUUUCCUGUCUUCACUGCUGAGUUUUGUGAUCAGUUUGUUGAGGAGAUAGCACAUUUUGAGAAUUCUCCUCUCCCUAAAGGAAGACCAAAUACUAUGAACAACUAUGGGGUCCUCCUUAUGGAGCUAGGCUUUGACAUUAAUUUCCUGAAUCCUCUUCGAAUUGACUACCUUGCACCCAUCACCUCACUCCUAUAUCCAGAUGUUGGAGGGAAUAGCUUAGACUCUCACAGGGCAUUCGUUGUGAAAUACAAGCUAGGCGAGGAUGUGGAUCUGAACUAUCACUAUGACAAUGCUGAGGUGACCAUCAAUGUGAGCCUGGGCAAGGAGUUUAGUGAUGGAGAGCUCUUUUUUGGAGACAUGAGACAGGUGCCUUGUAAUGAGACAAGAUACACCAGAUUCCAGCAUCAGAAGAGCAUUGGUCUACUCCACAGAGGACAACACAUGCAUGGUGCCAUGCCCAUUAGUGAUGGGGAACGCUAUAACCUUAUCAUCUGGAUGCGGUCAUCACAGCAACGGAACCAACUCUGCCCAAUGUGCGAUGAGAAACCAAAUUUGGUAGAGAGCAUGGGUUAUGGGGAUGGUUUUACAGAUAAACAAAGAACAGAGGAGAAUAACUCUUCUCAAGAGACUGUUGAAAUGUGUGCCACCCUCUGAAGCUUUGCAUCACUUAUCUUCUUUUAUUUUUAUGUUGGCUGCUGCAUAUGAGUCAUAAACAAAGCAGAAUAAACAGUAAUUGUUCAAGGACAAGUCCACCCCAACCAAAAGUUGAUUUUAAUAAAACAAGAAAAAUCCAACCAGCAUAACACUGA